AUGGUUGUUCAGGUCCACCUCGUCCGCCACGCCCAGGGCUUCCACAACCUCUGCGUUGAGAAUGAGUCCAUCCGGGACCCCCUCCUCACGGAUUUGGGCAAGCAGCAGUGCGCCGCCCUCCGCGCCGCCUUCCCUUACCAUGACAAACUUACCCACCUCGUCGCAAGCCCGCUGCGCCGCACCCUGCACACCUGCCUUCUCGGCUUCGGCUCCGACGCCGCGGCGCAGGUCGGCCGCGGCCUGAAAGUCAUCGCACUGCCCGAGGUCCAAGAGGUCUCCGACGCUCCGUGCGACACCGGCUCCGCCAUCUCUGAGAUCGAGGGCGAGUUUGAGGGCCGCGUCGACUUCAGCAGGGUCCCCGAUGACUGGAUUGACAAGACGAGCCCGUCGUCUAAGUGGGAGCCCACGCUCGAGAAGCUGGAGAAGAGGGCCGCUGAGGCGAGAAGGGCGCUGAGGGACCUCGUUGGCGAUGUACAGGGCGACGAGCACGUCGUUGUCGUUACUCACGGCGGUUUCCUUCACUUUCUGACGAACGAUUUCUUUGGCAUUGCAAAUGGAAAAGCGACGGGCUGGGAGAACACCGAGUUCAGAUCGUACAACUUCGUCGACAGCACCGGCAAGGACGAAAGUGCGCACCUCACGGAGACGCAGGAGAGCUGGGAGCGCCGCCAGGGCGAGAAUGCUCGUCCUACCCCUGAGCAGCAGGCUGAGUUGCAGCGCACCUUUUACAGAGAUAUUGAGCCGUACCUCAAGUACAGCGCCGAGAGAGGCUGGAUGCAGUAG